AUGAAACGCAAGGAGAGAGAUCGUAACGAGGACGAUGAGAAAGACACACCCCCAAGUAUCUUAGAUUCUCUCCCUCUUGACCUAAAGCUGGCCACACUGAGUAAAUUGCCUGCCAAGUCUCUUACGAAGACGUGGUCUUCCAUCAUCAGAAGCCGAGAAUUCAUCGAUUAUUACUACGCAAUGUCCUCAACGAAACCGCGGUUUAUAGUCGCUUUGACUAACGGUGUAGACUCUAAGCCUGAGGAGAAGCUUACCUUCUUCUACUCGUUUUCACUCGGAGGAGAGGAGGAGUCUUCUUCUUUGGUACCCAAAUUCGAGAUGGCAAUACCAACGAGAUUAAGGGGGCAAGCGUAUUUCGCUUCUCUCCAUGGCUUUCUCAGUGUUGAAACUGAUUGUGGGAUGAUCGUUUGUAACCCUAGCACAGAGCAACUCGUUACGAUGCCCAAAUCCGCUGCCUUUGUGGGAUACGAUCCGAUCGGUGGUCAAUACAAAGCAUUAACCGUGUAUCGUCCACAAGGUGAUCCGCCAAGUCACAAGGUGUUAACAUUGGGAGGAACUCAAGGAUGGAGACACAUUGAAGGUAACCCUGAACCUUAUACGCAGAUAGUAUAUGCGGGAGUAUGCAUCAACGGAGUUCUCUACUAUGGUGCUCUUACCAAACAUAAGUAUAAUCCAGUUAUGUCGAUAUUCAUAGACUACAACGGGAAGCUAGCUUCUAUUGCGAGAGACCCUUUUUACGAGCUCCGUAGUUUUGAUUUAUGGAUACUUGAAGACGUCGGGAAGAAUGACUGGUCGAAGCAGACAUGUGUGUUACCGCAAUCCAUGUUGGCUCCUCCUGGGGCUGAGGUGGUGGAAUAUUCGUUUCCAGGUGCAACUAAAGCUGGUGAGAUCAUUAUUCUCCCAAAUAAGUUGUCAAAAAAGGUUGAACCUUUCUACAUUUUCUACUACAAUGUUAAAACACAAAAAGAAAGAAGAGUUAGGCUCUUAGGCAUUGGAGACAACAAAGAGUUCAGGCGCUCUUAUGGGUUGUAUAAGAAGAUCGAUUGUUAUGUUCGUAUGGUACCUCAACACGUCGAGAGUAUUGCCUUUCUUAAGAAUCCUAUGAUCUAA